CAUCGCACUACAGCAGCAGCACAGUUACCUCUCUUGCUCGGAGCACCAAGGCCUCCUAGCGCGCGCUCUCUCUCAUCCAACAAUGGCGUUCAACCCUAAUCCUCCUGGACUAGGCUUCCCCUACUUCCCUCCAAACCCUUACUAUCCAAGGCCAACACCGCGGCCUCAAGCCCCGCCACCGCCACAGCGCUUCCCACCACCCAUCCGUGCUCCUCCACCUCCACAACGUGCUCCGCCACCACCCACUCUGCCCCCUCCACCGCCUCGCCGUGCUCCCCCGCCGCCCGCUCUGCCCCCGCCACCACCGCGCCGUGCUCCGCCUCCACCAUCAUUGCCUCCACCACCACCACGCCGUGCUCCGCCUCCACCCGCAUUGCCCCCGCCACCACCACACCGUGCUCCGCCUCCACCCGCGUUGCCCCCGCCGCCACCGCGCCGUGCUCCACCCCCACCAUCACCGCCCAUCCGUCCACCGCCACCGCCAACUCCUCGCCCUCAAGCACCACCACCACCUCGCCCGCUAGCGCCUCCGCCACCGCAUAUCCACCCACCUCCAACACCCGUGCCGCCUCCGCCUAGCCCUCCGCACCACAUCGUCAUCAUCGUGGUGUUCGUCUCACUGGGCGGCCUGCUCCUGCUCGGAUGCCUCGCCGCAUUCUUCUGCUGGCACAAGAAAAAGGGGAGGAAGAGGGAGACCAAGGCUGAGGUGCUCAACUACAGCGACCAUGUCCAUGUACACAAGGAGACCAUGUCAGGCCCCCAUGGCGCCGACGUUGUCAAGCUCUCAAUAGACGAGGACAUCAAGUUCCAAGAGGCGGUGAAGAAGCAGGAAGCCAUUGGCGAAUCCUCGAGCGCUGCGGCUGCAGGAAAGACGGCACACCACCUCCCUUGGACCUGGCACAAGAAACACGAGAGCAAAGAAGAGAAGAAAGCAGAGCUCAUCAACGUCACUAAGCACAAGCAUAUCGACGAGAAGAUCAUGCCAGGGCCGCUUGGCGAAAAGAUUGAGGUCCUUUCUGAAGAUGAAGACAUAAGAUUUGAAGAGGCAGGCCAGAAAGAAGAAGAGUUUGAGAAAUCCAAGGCGCACAUAACCAAGUCCUAAGAAGAUGAUGCCACUGCCUGCCCAAGACUGCCGAUACUGAUGAAGGUCAUUCAACUUGAGGCAAUUAUCAUAUCCAUACCUAUACAUGCACAUACACAUACGCUUGCAUGCAUUUGAGUAUUUUGAAAAGAUUCUAUGGUUCUUUCAUGUGAAUGAAAUAAGGGUGUCAGAGACCCAUUUGAUUGGAUUCAAUGUGUAAUUAUUUGUCAGCAAUUGUAUAUGAGCAGUUUAUGUGUGCGAAAGAAUUCCAACAGGAA